AGAGUUUUGUUUGUUAUUUGUACAACCACAGGUUUCAUUGCAUGUAAGUCUAAAUUGAUUUUUCGGUAGACGAUCAUAAAAAAUUCAUCUGUGACUGCGUUUCUGGCAUCGGAAGAAACCCAAUGUUUGACGAAAUUUUUCAAUACUGAUACUAACUUGAUAAAGGCUAGUUUAAGAAUUGCAAAAGAUGGAAAGCCUCACACAAUAGCUGCGACGCUUUUACUGCCGGACGCUGUGGAUAUGGUUCAAGCCGUGUUAGGAGAAAAGGCAGCCAAAGAAAUUAAAAAAAAUAUCACUGAUGAAAUAAUGUCUGCAGUGCCUAAAUACGGUUUCUGUGCAGAAGAUGUAAUAAAGGAGGGUCGAACAACGAAAUCCAAUAUAGAAGCUGUAAAAAAAUGGUUGUCCUACAAUACACACAUCCCUCCGAUGUCUGAUGAACAAAUUGUACUAUUUUUGUUAGCAUGUGAUAAUGAUGUGGAAUUUACGCAAAGGACGAUUGAAAAUUUUUUCAAGCAAAAAGCAGCUUCUCCUGAAUUAUUUGCCAAUAGAGACAUAGAUUUGAAAGAAAAUCAGUACCAACAUACUAUUACCUAUUUCACAAUAUUUCCAAAAAGAACGAAGGAAAACUGCGUAGUUACAUGUGGAUCAUUGAGAAACACAACAUAUUACAAAUGGAGUAUAGAACCCCAAAUCAAAACAGCAUUUACUCUCAUCGAUACUUCCCUGUACUCUAAUCCUCCAAACGGACUAAUUUUCAUCCUAGACCUGAAAGGGGUCGGUCUCAUGCAUUUAUCAAGAUUGGUCCACUAAAAAAAUUCUUCGCAUAUCUUCAGGAGGCACUCCCUGUCAAGCUGAAACAAGUUCACAUCAUGAAUGCCUCCUACAUUUUUGAGAAAU